AUGGCGGCAGCAAAGGCGGGUCUUCUCCCGUGGCAUUUCCCAACGGCGAGACACGCUUCUUCGGUGUUUCAAGCUCCGGCGGUGGAGAUAGGCGGCGGCGUCUGGCGAGAGAGAAAGAGGAAAGCAGAGGAUGUAUCUGUCUCAGUCGCCUUCAAUCCUUCCGGCAAUUUCGAUAUCUCUGCCUUGGAAUCUCACGACGGAGCAGAGUCGGAUAAAGUGGAGCCACCGAUGCCUCCGACGAAGGGGCGGUACGAAGUAGUGAUCGACAACGAGUGUAUACGGCGGCUGGACUUAACUCCGUUUCAGAGUGCGACCGGGAUAACCUCGCCUUCCACAGCUGAGCCGAGAGCGUAUUUGGAAAGAAGCAUCGGAUUCACGAUCAAUUACAGGAGACAAGACCCAGGGGAUCCGCGAGAGCUGUCGGAGUACCCGGAGAUAAGGCUGUGGUUCCUGAGGCUCGACGCCAUGUACCCUUGGCUUCCUCUUCUGCUGGACUGGCGAGCCGGUGAGCUUGCCCGCUACGCCGCCAUGCUCGUCCCUCACCAGAUGAGCUUGAGGAUGGGCGUCGUCUUCAAUCCCGAGGCCUUGGAGCUCUUCGUCAUGAACAAAGUGUUCGUCGUUUAUCCUUGGCUCAAACGACAUGCUGUCCCCAAGCCCAGGCUCAAGACCACCGACAUGGCCAGGAUGCUCGGCUUCGGUAUCGGCGAUCAGCUCUUCGACUUUCUCGACGACCAACGACCAACACCUCCGCUGACUCCCGACGCUUAA